GUGACGCAUGCGCAGUAGUUAAAGCGGCGAUAUAUUCGGCGAUAUUUACAAGAUGCAGGAGAAAAAACCUUCAGUACGCUCUAAUGACCCCUCCCUGCGACGGGUUCUUGACUCAGCGACCCGUCAGCGACGUCUGAACCGGCAACUCGAGGCUUUGGAGAGGGAUAAUUUUCAGGACGAUCCACACGCUAAUCUCCCGCAGCUCAAACGUUUGCCGCAAUUUGACGACGAAGCAGAGACAGGGAAGAAAAAGAAGAAAACUCGAGGAGAUCAUUUUAAGCAGCGAUUCCGAAAGAAUUUCCAAGCUCUGCUCGAAGAACAGAAUUUAAGCACAAGUGAGGGUCCCAAUUACUUGACAGCUUGCGCCCUUUCAUCAAACUUCCCCCAGCGCCACUUCUGCUCUGUGUGUGGCUUCCCAUCCAAUUACUCCUGUGUGUCUUGCGGUGCGAGGUAUUGCAGCGUGAAAUGUUUGGGGACUCACCAAGAAACAAGGUGUUUGAAGUGGACCGUAUGAAACCUGCUCCAGCUGGACAUUUGCUCGUUAUCUUGUAUUUUCUGUAAAUAGUCUUAAAAAGGCCUGCACAUUGUAUGGACAUGUAUGUUUCAUUCUUUUUACAUAUAUAUUUUUUUAUUUGAUAUUUAAUGUUUAAAUCGGGGUAGUCUAAAUUUGCGCCUCUGACAACCAUUCCUAAACCUGGUUAUUCACUUUUAAGCCAAAACUAAAAAAAAAAAAUUCUAUUUGAGCUGGUUUUCCCUAAAAUUAGAAACUGUGUGAACGUUUCUCCCUCUCCCUCUCCCAGAGAGGAUGGAGAGUAAAUGUUAUAUUGAAAUUCAUUGAACAAAACCUGUAUUGCAGAUUUAAAUAAGUGGGAAGCGUUUAAAUGUAAAAAUAAAGCAAUGACUAUUUUUUUCUU